AUGUAUGCAGCGAUAACAAUAGCAACUCGAGAAUAUCCACCCUUACAGUGUAUGACAACAACAUUUUGCGCAUUUCCUGAUAACCAAUUCUCCAAUAAUUUACAUAUUGAACAAAGUCGAUCAAGUGGUGGUGCUAAUUCUUCUGGCCAACCAAGUUCAACAACUGAAUGCAAACGGCUAAG